AUGGGGUUCUCGCGCUUCUUUGGCGUUGCUUUCCUCAGCCUUGUUGCUAGCACUCAGGCUAUCGUCUCAUCUACAGGGUUCACAGUCUCGCUUACAGACAUCGACUACUUUCUGCCUCCUAAGCCAGUCGCAAGGAUCGCAGGCUGCGAAGAGAUUAAAGCAGCAUAUGCAGAUGGACCGUUCGUUCCGUUCACUGUUGUGAAGAGCCACGAAAGCGGGACACUGGACACGGCAUCAAUCGCGGCUCAAUUUGCAGAGCAAGACGAUGUCUGGCAAGAGGGCUUCCUUGAUGCACUAUAUGUACAAGGUGGUAGCAAAAGCAACGUCUCUACUGUGGUUAUCACCGGCACGGUUUUUGGAGAGCUAAAACCUGGCCCCUACUUCAUCAACGCGGCGGGUCAAGUGUAUGAGGCAUGGCGCUUGUACAGCGACGUGACAGGCGCUUUCACUGAAUCCGCAAUUGCCAACGGUGACGGCUCCUACUCUGUACUUCCUGCAGGUACCGUUGGUCAGAAGACUGCCCUCGCUGUGCCAUCUCGCCUCUACUUUUCGAAAACAGCAGAGAAACCUUUGGCUGGCGUUCGCAUUGGCAUCAAGGACAUCUACGACAUCAAAGGCCUGCGCACUUCGAACGGAAAUCGUGCUUGGUACUGGCUGUAUCCGGCCGCGAAUCACACAGCAACGCCGGUCCAGAAUUUGAUCGAUGCAGGUGCCAUCAUCGUCGGCAAGAUGAUUACCUCGCAGUUUGCAAACGGAGAGACGGCCACUGCUGACUGGGUCGAUUAUCAUGAGGCUUUCAACCCCCGAGGUGACGGCUACCAGGACACCUCUUCCAGUUCUUCUGGUGGGGGCGCCGCUACUGCCGCGUACGCAUGGCUUGAUGCUUCGCUCGGCUCAGAUACGGGUGGAAGUGUCCGUGGCCCAUCUCAAGUUCAAGGUCUCUACGGAAACAGACCAUCGCACGGCCUCGUCACAUUGGAGCACACUAUGCCGAUGGCUCCAGUCCUCGACACUGCUGGUCUGAUAGCUCGUGACCCCUUGAUCUGGAGAGAUGCGGCUCAAGCCAUGUAUGGAUCCAAUGUUACCAUCAGCGACGCCUAUCCAGCCAGCAUCAAGACGCUUGCCUGGCCCACUGAAGCUAGCAAUGCUGCCAACGCGCUUCUUAUCGACUUCUUGAAAAGCGUCACCGACUUCCUAGGCGCCAACACCACUGCCUUUAAUGUCACAGCCUCCUGGAGCACCGAUAAUCCUGGCUUAGAGCCGCUUACAGAAAUGAUGAACCUUACCUAUGCCAUUCUCAUCACCAAGCAACAGGUGCCACUGGUCCGCGAGCCCUUCCUCGCCGACUACGCCGCCAAACACGAUGGCCGCACGCCCUUUAUUAAUCCAGUCCCGUUGGCUCGCUGGGGCUGGGGAGAUAACCAAACCGCCACUCUCGAAGACGGUAUUGCGAACAAAACAACGUUCAUGUCUUGGGCUAACUCGACCUUCCUCGCUCCAUCGGCACAGACAUGCUCCGAGAGCCUUGUCAUGUAUGUCGGGUCUACCGGACUCACAAACUACCGCAACAUCUACCUCGAUGAACCUGGCGUGCCGCUUGGGUGGGGCAACAGCCGUAUCUCCAUCUUCUCGGAGGCCCCGGAUUUCGUCGUGCCAGUGGGCGAGGCGCCGUACAAUUCAACAAUCACAAACCACGUUGAGUACCUACCUGUAACGGCAAACUUCAUGGCCGCGAAGGGUUGUGAUGGAAUGUUGUUCUCGUUGAUUGGGGAUUUGUACGAGGCGGGGAUAUUGAAGGAGGCAUUGGCUGGGAAAAGUGGGGUUACGGGGGGUGAGACGCUGUACAGGAGAGGGUUCUGA